AUGAUGAUACGGUCUAAUCUCUUGACAAUCACAAGACCAUUCUCAUCUACUGCUAUAUCACACGCCAUCAGAUCAAACAGACCAACAUUCACCAAGUUCAACAAGGACAAAUCAUUACAAUUACCAAAAAGAACUGGUAGUAAAAAAAGAUUACUAGAACAAAAAUCAUCAUCAACUCCAAAACCAAAACAUAUAAGAGGUAACCACAAGCAACCAAAAGAACCAGAAAAACUAGGAUAUGGUGAAUAUUCAUCUCUAAAGGAAAUCACUCAUCAAGAUUAUCAUUAUGCUCAAAAUUUAAUAUCCAAAAUUGAUAAUUUUGAAGCUUUGAAAUUAUUACCAUCUGUACGUGAUUCCAUAGUUUCAAGUAUUAAAAACAAUACAAUCCUAAAUAAUAAAAACUAUGUCUCUCCAAAUAAACAUGAACAAAAAGAAGACCUAGUUAUAAAACCAUCACCUAUUCAAAUCGCUUCAAUCAAAACAAUGGCUAAACAUAUUUUAAAACCAUCAUUAUCAACAUUCACCAUUGCAGCUGAAACUGGUUCUGGUAAAACUUGGGCAUAUAUGGCCCCGUUAAUAGAUUAUUUAAAACAUGAAGAAUCAAAUGGAGAUUGGGAAAGAAUUCAUAAUAAAGCCAUUAUAAGAUCUGUUAUACUUGUUCCUACACAUGAAUUAAUUGAUCAAGUUUAUAAAUCUGCUCAAGAUGUUUAUAAAGAUUUAGGUCUAAAUGUUUUCAAAUGGGAUAGAUCAACUUCUUAUCAAGAUUUCUCACAAGCAUUAUCUAAAAGAAUUGAUAUCUUAAUAACAACACCUGGUAAGAUUAAUUCAAUUGAAAAAAUUAGAAACUUGUCAAAUACUCAAUAUGUCUUUACACGUACUGGAUUUUUAGUUAUAGAUGAAGCUGAUACCUUGAUGGAUGCAUCAUGGAUCCAAGAUACUGUUCAUUCCAUCAAAAAAAUGACAAAUUUAUCAAACCUAGUAUUCUGUUCAGCAACGAUCCCAAGAGAAUUUAAUCAAACAAUUGAUAAAAUCUUCCCCAAUUCAAUACCAAUAACAACCCCUUCAUUGCAUAAACUUCCUAAAACUAUAAAAUUUCAAUUAAUAGAUGCCCAAGUCUCUCCAUAUCAAGGAUCCAAGAUGAAAGCUCUUGCCCAGGCAUUAUACGCAAUCCACAAGGAUGGUACAGAACCAGGAUAUGAAAAAAGAUGUAUUAUAUUCAUUAAUGAAAAAAAACACAUUGAUAAAAUUGCAGAAGAACUUAGACAAGUUUAUAAUCAUGAUGUUACAACCUUGACGGGGGAAUUAACACCUAUAGAACGUUCUGCCAAAAUUGGAUUGUUUAUUAAUCCACCAAGAAAAUUAUCUGAAGUUGAACAACAAGAAACCCAAGAACCAGAGGAUCAACAGGAUAAAGUUAUAUCAGAUUCAAAUAUUUCAAUAAAACCUAAAAAGAAACAAAAUCAUGAAGAUAAUUUAAAAAUCUUGAUAACUACAGAUAUCUUAUCUCGUGGGUUAAAUUUUAGUGCCGUGAGAAAUGUUAUAUUGUAUGAUGUUCCUAAUACUUCUGCAGAUUUGAUUCAUAGAUCUGGUAGAACUGGGAGAAUGAAUCAAAGUGGUAGAGUUUUUUUGAUUAUUGAUAAAAAGGCUAAAAGUUGGGUUAAGAAAUUACCAAGUACAAUUAGAAAUCAUGGUUUAAUAACAUAA